CGGCGCCGAAACACCGAUAGACGCUCAGACGAAAGAGCCAUGGCGGCCACGGGUGGAGGGAAAAUUAGAAGCAGGAGAUAUCACAUCGCCUCUAAACCUUACGCCAAGAGUAAACAGCAGCAGUCAGGCCUCAUCAGUCGAGUGACAGACACAGUAAAGAGCAUCGUUCCUUACUGGCUGCAGAAAUACUUCAAGAAUGAAGAUACUUCUGAAGGAGGGGGGUCUGUACAAGGGACAGAGCAGAAUUGCCAGCCUCCUCCUCCUCCUCCCCCAAAUGGCAGCGAAGAGGGCCCUCCUCCCCUUGAUGGACGUGACUCCCCGGAGCCUAGCACAAGUAACACAGAGCCCUCAACCAGUCGGGCAUCCCUGAACUUUCAGGAGUAUGUGCUUUCUCGACCUCCUCUAAGCCGCUCCCACCUCCAUUUUCCUCCACUGGAUGCCUCCUCCCCAACUCUGGCGGCUUCCAGCAGCCUGUUCUCUCAGCCCUCCACCUCCUCAGCCCCUGGACCCUUUUCCACAGGUUUCUCCUUAGUCAAAGAAAUCAAGGACAACCUCUCGCAGCACGAGGAUGAUAACAUCUCCACCACGAGUGGGUUCUCUUCCCGCGCCUCUGACAAAGAUGUCCCCACUUCCAAAACGGCAUCACUUCCCCAGCUUUGGUCCCCAGAGAUGGACAGAACAAACUCCGGGCCUCAGCCUUCCCAGUCCAGUCUGAAAAAGCCUGCUUUCAACCUGUCUGUCUUUGGAACGUCUUCCAAUUCGACAUUAAACAGCACAGCGCUGAACUCCAGCCAGCUUGGGGAUUCACCCUUCUACCCUGGGAAGACCACAUAUGGUGGGGCAGCAGCAGUCAGGAGCUCUCGCACUCGUCCUGGAACACCGUACCAGGCCCCGGUGAGGAGACAGAUCAAGGCCAAGCCUGCUGGUGCUCAGCCCUGUGGGGUGACCAGUGCCACAGCCAGACGCAUCCUGCAGUCUUUGGAGCGCAUGUCGAGCCCUCUGGCUGAUGCCAAGAGGAUCCCAGCAGCAGCAGCAUCUUCCCCCCUGUCACCUUCCAUGGAUGCCACAAAUCUAGAUAUUUCACAUUUCCAGUCGAAAAAGAAACGGAUGGAUACUACUCUCCCACCGGUGCAGAAGCUGGUGGUUCCUGCUGCAGCCUCAGUGUCAGGAAACCGCUCCGUGUCCUUCAGGCCUACUUUGACUCCUGGAGGACUGAACCGAACUCUGGACAGGACCCCAAGAGAGACGCCCACAAGACAAUCACCGAAACUACCUAAAGCAAACCCAGGUCCAUCUCAAAGCACAAUGGGUUCCAGUGGCCCGACCUAUCCUCUGUCCAGCACGCCUGCAGCCAGCAGCGUCAGCUCUGGAGGAGGCAAGAUGAAGAGAGAGAGGACCAGUGCACGACCCUCCACCAAACGCCCUGAGGAAGAUGAGGUGGCCGAGGUACCCGACCUUCCAGCCAUUUCACUUCCCAUCAGCACCUCUGCCUUGCCCACCUUCAGCUUCUCCUCCCCUGUUCCACCUCUCACCACCUCCACCACCAUCAGCACCGCCUCCAGCGCCACGGCCGUCACUCCUGCUAAGGAGACGAUCUCAAACAAGGAGCCUCCAACAGCCUCAACAACACCCCCCUGUGUACCUUUCACAUUUUCCUCCCCUAUUGUCAAAGCAACUGCUGCUAGCCCACCUUCCUUUUCCCCUUCAGCUGGAUUUACUUUUAGUGCACCUGUAGCUAAGUUAGGUCCCUCCAUGUCAAACGGGAAGCUGGCCACUCCCAUAGCAGCAACAGUGAAGCCAGCAGCAAACAAAAGCACAGAGGAUUUUGAAGGACCCUUUAAACCAGCCAAGGUCCUGAAGCAGGGCAGCGUGCUGGAUCUUCUCAAAACACCUGGCUUUGCCUCACCUGUUGCUCGGACUUCCCCUGGCCCAGACAGUGCUCCCCAGCAGACCUCCGCACAAUCCACCGCCCCCUCCUCCACCUCCACAACCACCUCCUCCAUCUCCUCUUCAGCCGGGUUUGGUGAUUUGUUCAAAGCCCCGCUAAACUGGAGCUGUGAUGUCUGCUUGGUGCAGAACAAGCCAUCAGAUGCAAAGUGUGUUUGCUGUAUGGCCCCGCAGCCCAACUCCUCCUCAUCAAAAUCUACGGACAGUAAGCCUUCACCCACAACCUCGGCUGGGCUGGAGAGCAACAGCAGCAGCACAAACACCACCUCCACCACUACAACCACCACAGGUUUUGGCACAAUGUUUUCCAAACCUGCCGGAACCUGGGACUGUGAUACGUGUCUUGUUCUAAACAAACCUGAUGCAGUAAAGUGUGUGGCCUGCGAAACGGCCAAACCCGGGACGGGACUUAAACCCUCACUGACUCUUCCUUCUGCCUUCUCAGCUGUUAAGACUGUACCCACACCCACAGCCCCCGUUUCCACAGGGCUCAUAGGAUUUGGAGACAAGUUCAAAAAACCUGAGGGUGCAUGGGAAUGUGAUACGUGUUGCGUAGUGAACAAGGCGGAGGACACAAAGUGUGUGGCCUGCAUGAGCGCUAAACCAGGAUCAUCAGCAGGAACGUCAGCUGGAGCCUCAGCAGGAUCCUCAGCAGGAUCCUCUUCAUCAGCCAGCACUGCUCCAGUGUUUGGGCUGGGAGAUAAAUUCAAGAAACCAGAGGGUGCCUGGGAGUGUGAUGUCUGUCUUGUACAGAAUAAGGCUGCUGAUGUACAGUGUGUUGCUUGUCAGGCAGCCAAACCUGGAGCUAAUGUGGAGCCCAAAGCCUUCGGAUCGACUUUUGGUUCAUCUGCUGGUGGGACUUCAGGCUCCGCUACGUUUGGCUCCUCUACCUCUAGUUCUGGAGGUUUUAAGUUUGGCACAUCAGACAGUACCUCGGGGUCCGGAUCUGGAGGUUUCAAGUUUGGGGGCUCAUUUUCAGAGUCCUCCUCCUCUUCAUCAUCGGGUGGAUUCAAAUUUGGAAUCCCAUUUGGAAGCUCCUCAUCAGAAACCACUUCUAAAGACACUACUGCCUCUUCAGGGUUCAAAUUCGGCAGCUCAUCUGAGGGCUUUAAAUUCGGGGCUGCCUCUAGUGAUGACAAAAAGUCAGACCAACCAGCCGCAGGUUCUGGGUUUAAGUUCGGAGCCAGUGGUGGGAUAGUGUUUGGAACUGGAUCAUCUAGCACAGAAAGCAGCUCUUCUAAGGGUGGCUUCACCUUUGGACUGUCGAAACCUGAAGAGAAAACAUCGGACACCACCACCACCACCUCAUCCUCUGUUAGUUUCACUCCUCCCAUUUCCUCUCAAGAAAAGAGUGAGAGUGCUGCAUCAUCCAAUGACACCACAUCAACAAACACCAAGGCAACCACCACCUCAACCGCCAGCACUGGAUCCGUUUUUGCGAGACUGGGAGAGCCAAGUUUGGCGACCACCACACCACAAGUGGGCUCCGUGUUUGGAUCCUUACAGGCAGACAAAGAGCCGGCUGCUCCCACGUUUACCUUUGGGAAGCCAGAGGAAAAGAAGGAAGCCGCUGCCUCUUCAGCUCCAUCUGCCUUCCUCUUCGGUGCUGCUAGUAAAGAUGCAGACGCUACACCAGCACCGGCCGCUUCAGGUGGCUUUUCUUUCGGCAAGCCCAAUGCUCCAACAGAACAACCUCCUCCCACAUUCACCUUUGGCAAGCCAGCAGACAAGAGCGAAACAUCUGAUGCAGAGCCCCCGAAGCCUUCCUUCGCCUUUGGACAAAGUGCUGCAGGUUCAUUUGUGAAUGAUUCUGCUGCUGCUCCAAAACCAGCAUUUUCCUUUAUGGCAAGUAAUCCCACCAACACCACCAACUCCACCACGUCAUCCUCGACCCCAACCCCAAGUCUAUUCGGCAACAGCAGCGGCAACAGCAGCACCACCCAGGCUCCAGAUCCUUCUGCUCCCAGCACUUUCAUUUUCGGGCAGCCUGCUGCAGCCUCCAGUGAUGGUCCUCCAGCCAAAGCCUUCGUCUUUGGCCAGAACCAGGACAGCCAGCCGCCUGCUCCAUCAGCUGCUCCUCUGAACUCUGCUCCAGCCCCAGCUCCAGCUCAACCCUUCAUCUUCGGUGCUUCUGCCAACGCUGCUCCUCCUGCUGCUGCUCCAUCCUUUAGUUUUGGAGCAGCAGCGCCCUCUGCUGCCUCAUCUUCAGCUCCGUCUGCAGCUCCCUCUCCCUUUGUGUUCAGCUCAGCCCCCACUGGCGGGUUUGGGGCCAACCAGACUCCUUCAUUUGGCUCAUCCUUCGGAUCCCCUUUCACAGCCACGCCCUCCCAGAGCCCGGCCUUUGGCGCCAAACCCAACGCCGCCCCUGUAUUUGGACAGCAGGCUAACUCCACACCUGUAUUUGGGGCAGCUGGUAACGCUGCACCAGGUGGAGGCUUUCAGUUUGGAGGAGCCGGUGCAUUCGGAGCCACAAACAACACUUCGGGUGUGUUUACUUUUGGAGUGGGUUCGACAGCUUCUCCCGCCCCCUCUGCCAACCCCUCCAUCGCACCUCAGCCAGGAGCACCUGGAGGUGGAUUCAACUUCUCACAACCCCCUGCAUUCAAUAUUGGGUCAGCUAAAUCCUUCAGCGCCUCUCCUGCUGGACAACAAGCGAUUGCUGGGCGCAAGAUCAAGACAGCGGUGCGGCGCAGAAAGUAGAGCCCUGUGGACUCGACUAGAAAGCAGACGUGACUUUGACUUGACUUAUAUCCCCACUGAAAGCUGAAUAAAGUCCUUGAAGGUCUCAGCUGGACAAACACUGAAAUGACUUGGCAUGUGAAGAGGGGCCGAGGCUUGGGGCCACUUCGUGCUCGGGCUGGAUGGGUGGGCAGAUUUUAGCUGGGCUGAUUAUUCAGAGGCUUUCACAUGUAGACAAGAGCUGUUAAUACGUGAGACCAUCCCACAGGACUUCUCAUGAAAAAAAGAAACAAAAACUGUUGACUGAGCAAAUGACACUGACUUAGGAGACAACAACAAUCAACCAAGGACCCCCUGCUCGACAUGAAAAACAAGCAAGACAGUCAUAUCUAUAUUUUCAACACCGGCAAAUGUCUGCUAGACUUUAGGCAUGACUUUUUGCAAUAAAAUUACAAAGGCAAAAGCUGCAAAUCUAAAGAGUUGCAAGUGUACACAAAAUCCUAUGAAUUAGUAUGGGUGAUCAGGUUAUGAGCUGUGAUAUGCAGAGAGGUAGUGAGAGCUGUGCGGCAAAUUUUCAAUGGUAAUCCUUCAAACUAUUUCGACUGCUCCUUUUACAGGAAUCAAGGUGCCGUUGGAGGUGUAGCCACGGUGUCAGUGCAGUGUGCUGUAUGUACAGGGAUGAGCGUGUAAUCUUUGUAGUGAAUGCAGCGUGCUUGUUCUUUUUUUUUUUGUUUUGUUUUAGUUUUUUUCUCCCCUCUUAUGUACAGACUUGAGGUGUGUUUGGUUUCUUUGUACAUGCUGAGGUUGCGUGUCAGUGUGCGUAUGAAAACCGAACGACAGAGUUAUCACCCGAGGCCGCUAGCUAGCGCCGCCACAGGUGAGCAAGCAAAUGAAUGUUUAAAACAAAAAAAAAAAAACAAGGGGAGGAAGGAAGGAGGGCAAGGGUUCAGGAGAGGGGAAAACGUAUCCAUGCACUGUGGAGGA